CAUUCCGUGACAUCCAAAUAAUUCUCGCGAGACCAAGACCCAAUUCCCUCAAUCGACCAAUUGAGCGGACCAUGGCUGCUAGAGUGUUGCUACAACGGCGCGCCGCGCCGUUAGCAGCGACGGUUAUGCUGGGAGGAUUCGCCCUGGCACCCCGAACUGCCUACGCUGAAGCUCCCGAGAGCAGCCACUCCAAGAAGCCCAUCUACGACGACCUGGAGCUCCCCGCGACGAGCGGCACUCUCCCUCCUCCGAUUCCCAAGGCCGAGCAGCCUCCCCAGGCCGAAGAACCCAAGUCGCGAGGACCUACCCCUACCGACCGUCUCGCCGUCCAGAUCGGCAAGGCGCGCCUCGCCCUGUACCAGUACGCCGUCGGUGCCGAGGACGCCGUCAACCGGACGAUGGACAAGGCCUUCAACCUCGAGCAGUCCUUCACGGGCACGAUCGCAUCCCUCGCCCCGCCCCGCGAGAGCGGCGAGAAGCUAAUGCCCGGCGCCAUCUACGUCCUGGUCGCCGCCAUGGCCGGCAGCAUCGUCACCCGCAACCGCAGCAUCAUCCUGCGCGCCACGGCGCCCCUAGCCUUUGGUAUCACUGCCGGCUGGACCGUCCUGCCCAUCACCAUGGGCAACGUCUCCAACCUCACCUGGAAGUACGAGCAGCGUUUCCCCGUUAUUGCGCAGGGUCACCUCAAGCUUCGCGAGAGCAUCGAGAACAGCUGGAGGAUGGCGAGGCUCCACAGUGAGAUUGGUGUACGAUAUGUUGAUGAGAAGGUCACGGAUGCCCGGGAAACCGUCGAGGACUGGGUGAAGAAGGGCAAAUAAAGGAAGCGUGGAACUGUACCAUAGAAGCGAACAGAGUCGCUACCAUCGGUUCCUUUUGUAAUUGACAUAUUUCAUCAGCUCGAUGCUUGUCUUCGGAGCGAAACAAAUCAUGGUGAAUGGGC